UGACCCCAGCCAAGCAAGCUGCAAGAUAAAAUUUCAAAUUCCAGAAAUACCCUCCACCCGCCCACACGCUACACCAUUGCCCGUUUUGUUCUUUCUCCUUCUUCUUCACAGGUUUCACUUGCAUGAGACUCCAUUUCCCUUCUCUCUCUCUCCCUCGCCGAAGCAUCUCAACUCCAAUCAUCGCCCAGAUAUUGGCAAAGUUCAGAGCCCAGGAAAAAUGGUUUCGAACUCGGACAUCCUGACCCGGCUCACAGAAAUCCUCAGCACUUCAGACCUCGACACGGCCACCGCCGGCAGCGUUCGCCGUCAACUGGAAAACGAUUUCGGAGUUGAUUUAUCGGACCGGAAAAAGUUUAUCCGGGACCAAAUCGACAUUUUCCUCGAGACCCACAGGGCCGAACCCCAAGACGAAGAAGAAGCGGAGGGGGAGGAGGUCGGUGAAGGGUCGGAGAAUGCAGAAGAAGAAGAAGAUGGAGAUGAAGAAGGAGAGGAAGAUAAUAAAGGCAAAAAUAAAAGGAGAAAAACGGUGGAUAAAGGAGUUGUCAAAAGAGGUGGCUUCAACAAAAUAUGUAGCUUGUCUCCACAGCUUCAAGAAUUUGUUGGAGAGCCUGAAAUGGCCAGGACAGAGGUAGUGAAGAGAAUUUGGGCCUAUAUCCGUGAAAAGGAUUUGCAGGACCCAAAAAAUAGGCGGAAUAUAAGAUGUGACGAAUCACUACAUUCCCUUUUCCGUGUUAACUCUAUUAAUAUGUUUCAAAUGAAUAAAGUUCUCUCCAAGCAUAUAUGGCCGCUUAGCAGAGAAGAUGAACCUGUAAAGCAAAAGAAGAAAGGGGAAGAAAGUGAUCAUUCUGUCUCUGAAGGAGAUGUAAAUAAUGUAGCACAAGAGGAAGAAGAGGUGGAAGAAGAAGAAGAGGAGGAAGAAAAAGUUAGUAAACAAAAAGAAAGCAAGAAACGAAGGGCUGCAAAAGUGGAUAAAGAAGUCAAGAAAAGGGGAGGAGGUGGCUUUACCAAAUUAUGCAGCCUUUCUCCAGAACUUCAAAAGUUCAUGGGAGUGCCAGAAUUGGCCAGAACAGAGGUUGUGAAGAAACUUUGGAGUUAUAUCCGGGAGAACAAUUUGCAAGAUCCAAAUAAUAAACGAGAGAUAAUAUGUGAUGAGUCAUUGCGUGCCCUUUUUGAUGUUGAUUCUAUCAAUAUGUUUCAAAUGAAUAAAGCUCUGUCCAAGCACAUAUUGCCCUUAAAUGGAGAAGCAGCUCCAGAUACUGCUUCACGAAAGGAUAAGCAGUCUGAACAGGAGCAUGAAGAAGGAUCCCUCUGAUAAGUGGAGAAUGAUGUGUGAUGAUAAGCUAAAAGAACUUUCUGAGGUCGACCCCUUCAAUGGCUUCUCAGUCCCAAACCUUCUGACUGCUCAUUUCAUCAAGACAGGACAGAAUGAUGCUGAAGUGUAAAUAGUUUUAGCCCAAUUAAAAGAGGGCAUUUUUUGCACUAGUCAUUGUCCUUUCCUAAGUUUUGUACUUUUUAUGCUCGUAACGUCUCCAAGAAAUGGAAAUAUAAAUUUUGAGAAACUUGAUCUUG